AUGAAUGUAUCGGCUCUCCGUGAGCUCGCGGCGCCGCUCCGGACCGUCCCGUGUCAGCGCCAGGACUUCCGACCGUGGCGUCUUUGUGGAGAGCAGUGUGCGCUCAUUAGCAAGGCCGCGGGGGGCAGAGCGCGCAACCACGGCCUUUUGUUUUCAGAGCGGAGGAUCGAUGCAGCCCACUCACCACAGGGGGCGCCGGCGGACACUGGAGGAAGUGCAUCGAUUCAGCAGAAGAAGUGGAACGUAUGGAUCCACAGACGCAGCGUGAGGCCGAAGAAAAGAGCAACAGGAGAAAAGAAGAAGCACUUCCACUGA